UAGUCGUUUUGGAGUUUUAACUGUUGUCUAACGUUCCGUGUUCGUCGCCUAAGUCUUUCGUUCUAUAUCUCCGUGUUGGAUUAAGCUGAGAAUCAUGAAAUACGCUGUCAUCGCCCUCGCUCUCGCCCUUUUCGCCGUAGCUCACGCAGCUUCCGAAGCUGGUCAGUUUGUACCCAGGGCGUUCUUCACCCUGGACUCUGAGGGCCAUCAGUCGAGUGUGCAUCCAGUUAAUGCUCACCUGCUGAAGCGUCUGCGUCGUCAGGUGUUCAGCUCUUCGUCUUCAUCGUCAUCAUCCUCGUCUUCAUCGGGCAAUGGCCACGUUAUAACUACAUCGAACCAGCAGGUGGUAAAUCCUGAUGGCUCCAGUUUCAGCGGAGGAAGCAUUCAACACAUUGCACAACCUGCAUUCGAAAUUGGACAACGCUUCGGCGAGGAUUCGUCGUCGAGCUAUGCCAAGCCUGCAGCCAGCAGCUUUGGAGCACAGACUGCGGGAACCCAGAGCUACGGCACGCCUCAAGGAGUUGUCAUUAGCUACACCGGCUCCACGGAUGCAGCUGGCAACCAGAAAUACCACGAAACUCAUGGCACCAUCGGCAACGACGGCCAAUGGAAAUAUAACCAGACGAGCAUCGUCUACCCCCGUAAUUAAGAGCCCCAGUUCCCAGCCCACCUAUGCUUAGAAUU